UUUCCAGAUUUGGCAACGUCACGCAGACGAUAUAUGAAAAACGAUCUUGUGUUUGCCUGCGUGCUGUGGGAGAAAUUUUUGGCUUGAAUAUAUAAUUCAUUUUGAAAUCUGUCUCUCUUUAUGGCCCAUUGAAUUUUAUAAUCAUGCAUACCUUGCCUGAUACCAAAGAUAAAUUCGAUUGGGACCGGUAUCUAGAAAGCCAGGAGCUUGAAUCGGCGCCAAAUUUUGCGUUCCACCAUAUUGACAAAUGCCAGCAAAGUCUACUCGAGGUGGGAAUGUUGGUGGAGGUUCAGACUAGUCAACGGCCAAGGUUCUGGCUCGCCAAUGUCACCAUGAAGUGUGGUCCAUUUCUUCGAUUAAAGCAUGUUGGGCGAGAAGACCCCACCCAUGAAAUAUGGACUGAUCCUUCGUCGGUGGAAAUCCACCCUGUAGGCUACAGCAGCAGUCGAGGAUGGCCGUUAGAACCACCAGCCGAUUUAAAACCCUUGAGAUCAGGAGCUAUUGCGUCUCUGCUAGAGGAGCACAAAGCCGUCGACUGUGAAGCAUCUUUGCUCAGCCCGGCUCAGCAGAUGAAACCUGGCAUGAUUCUUGAAGUAGAAGAUUUACACGAACCCCGCACUGUUUGGCCAGCUACCAUAGUGCGCAACGUUGGCGGCAGGUUGUUGCUCAAGUACGCCCUUCCAACCAGCAUUCCGAUCCAUAAUAACGAAGAAGACGUACACCAUGAAUGGUUGUUUUGUCUAUCUCCUCGAUUACAUUGGCAAGGAUGGGCCGUUUCGCAGUCAACUUCAUGGAAUUACAAUCCACCAAUCAAAAUCCGUCCUCUGUUUCAAGAUGACAACUUGGCUACUAUGUCGGCCGAAUUUCGUACGGUGAGUGGAAAACAAUGGCAAUUCGAUCAACACGUUCCGUCUCAUGGUUGCAACGUUGGCGACCGUAUCGAAGCAAUAGAUCCGUUGAAUCCGCUCGCAUUACGACCAGCAACAGUCAUUGAAGUGGUAGAUCCUCAACGAGUGGUGAUCCGUUUCGACCUCGAAUCGAAUGCUCAAGAAACAGAGGCGCCAUUGCAAUUCGUCUGCUCUACCGUUUUCCGCCCAGAGACAGAUGAUUCCUGUCCGUCGAAUGACGUCGAAAAUGAAUCUGGUUUCACACGUGGCGUGGCCUUGGAGGCGGCCAACCCGUGGAAACCAGCGGAAGUGUGUGUGGGUGUUGUGACAAACGUGGAACGAUCAGCUACACUCCUUCGCAUCCGCCUGGAGAAAUCUGUGUCCGAUGACGGCCAUCCGACGGAAUUUCUAGCACCGGUAUCCAGCCAAGAUGUCUUUCCAAUUGGCUGGUGUGAUGACAAUAGUUGGCCGUUGGUGACCCCGCCCGUCGCCCCUCCAUCAUCGUCAGAACAGCCGCCAAUGCAUUCCGAAGGGAACCCAAUGGAAGUGGAAGAAAAAGGCCCAGAGCCAAAUGCAACUGAACAGAUUCCGGAAGCGGUAGAACCUAGUGCCGCUGGAACUGCGGCCUUGCCCGGAAUUUCCUAUUGGUGUCCGAAAAUCUAUUUCAAUUUUCGAUGUUUCACCGGCCCUUUAUUGAGUCGCAUCCGCGUGGCGGCGCUUCCGCGAAGCGUUGGACCCGGACCCAUCAGUCUGAUGAUGAAAGAGGUCCUCUCGCUCUUGCUUAACGGCGCGUACAAACCUGGAAGCGUUUUGAAGCAGUUGCAGGGCGAACCGGCAGAUCCACUUCCGCCUGGAACGCAACUGGAACCGUUGAAAGCCAAAUACAGGCAGACGACGUACCGCGGAACUGUCCCAAUGGCUUCCACGGCCGCAGACGUCCCCGAAUAUUGCCGCUGGGUUUGCGGUAAGCUCCAGUGCUGCCCGUAUCUGUUCGCGCCGGAAUUGGUGGGCGAUCCGUGCCCGCACCGAUGUUGCAUCCUGGCCAAAACGGUGUGGCAGCACAAAGAAGAAAGCGCCCAAUUGGCGACAUCGUCGUUUCGUCGACAUCAUCAAGAGCCUGCCCACUGGAUUGGAUCCAGUGGGUGCCGCCGAGCUGCAGCAACACGGCAGCUCCAACAAAUCGGGUCCGGCGUCGCUAGCGGCCAUCGAAUCGGGCGAGCACAGUGACGAUGAAGACUCUGACGUGGCUGUUGAUCCAUCACAACAACAACAACAACCGCAACCACCGCAACAAAGCGUCGAUUCGGAGGAACCAGCGGCGAAAAAGAGGCGCGGACGGCCACGGAAGAAUCCGAUUCCGUUGGUGAGUUUGGAUCACGCCAAUGCGGAUGAAGAUGGUCGGCCGAGCCAAAUUUCACAUCCGCCGCAAAUUGUUGUUGAAUCCACCAGCGAGAAGCCUUUGCCGUCGAUGGAUUUUCCAGCAUUUCGUCGGCUGGAUCUUGCCGAUCCGCCGCCGGAUCGCUGGCGAGCCGGUGACGUUUGGCGUUUUCUGCAGUCGACCGAUUGCCGUCCUCUGGCUGAUCGCCUCCUCCAGUACGAGGUGGAUGGGCCUUCUCUUCUCCUUCUCCAGCCUGCCGAUAUCAUGGAUUAUGUGACCCUCAAUUGGGAGCUGGCCCUACGGCUGUGCUAUCUCAUCGGCUGCCUUCGACUGACCUACUCUUCAGGUCCGUCUCCUCCGCCAAAGACGUUGACUGCCAUCGAUGCUGGCGCCAGCAACGACACGGCCAAAUCACCUGCUCCUAAGACGGCCCAGCGAGCUUCCUAAAAAAGAAACGAUUGGGUGAGCCGGACCUCACGAUUUUUUUUCUUUUCUUUUCCCCCUUUUUUUUACGAUGACAUAUCGAGAUUCUGCCCGUCAAACAUAACAAAAGAUUCUAUUCUUUUCUCUUUUUUUUUGUCUUGUUUGGUUAAGUGUUCUUCUUCUCUAGCUAGGCCGGGGCCGUUCCAUUCACUGCGGGUACUCUUUGCGUGUUGUCCUUUCACCGUUUCCCUUUUGUUUUGUUAGUCAUUUCUCCUAGUUAGUUAACAAUAGAGUGGGGUCACUCAUUUAUCCAUCAUCUUAUCCUUUCUCCGCAACCUACUUUCUCCUUUUCGUCUUCUUCUUCUUCUUCUUCUUCUUCUUCUUCUGCUGAAAAGGUUAAAUAAUAAUAAUAUAUAUAUAUUUCUUUUUUAAAUCUUUUGAAUUUUGUUUUUACCUCCUCCGGCUUCUUCUUUUGGAAUGUUCUAAAAAGAGGCCGGGACCCGACGGUGUUUCGAGAGGAAACACAAAUCAUUCACCUACCCCCUUCUCUCUUAACCGUUUUCUCUUUUUUCCACCGAUGGCGUCGUAGAAGAACUUCUUCCCUAUUUUUUUUUUCUUUCUUUCUUUCUCUCCAUAACGUGUUGUGUAUUGUUUAUUUGUUGGUAAGGGAGAGGGGGGGGGUCCAUUAAUGUUAACGAAGACGGGGGAAAGAGAAAGUUGGGCAGACAUAGCUGAUUAGCGCGAAAACUGUUGCCAUUUCUCUUAUCUUCUGUUUGAAAAGCUAUGAUUCAUUUCACCUUGAGGUUUGUGUGUUGUGUACGUUGAUGGAUGGUUUUUCUCAUUUCCAUGUCGUUUCCCUCCCACCCGAUCCCUCCCUUCCGGUAGCCGGAAUAUGUUUACAGCGUAAAACAAAGCAAGAAAAAAAUGGUGGUGUCUCUGCGUGUUGGCAGCCACUUGUUCAAAGUCUUUCCCCCCCUACUCGAUUCUCUGGAAUUUUUCUCACUUUUUUGUUUUUUUUCAAUCCUUUGAUCCAUUUCCUCAUCACUCGGUGAAGAAAGAAA